GUUGAGAGCAAAGCUGCACGCUGGGCUGUGAAAAGCUCCCAGGUCCACUCUGCAUGUUGAUCCUGCAGCAGAGAGGGUGGAGGACAGACAGGACACUCAUUCAACCUUCGGUUCUGCAUUUGUGUGUUGAUUCAGGAGUUAUUAUGGCAGUGUGAAGGUGUGUCCAUCAUUUUGUGUGUUUAGUUAGCUGUUUCUAGACUCAAGUGACUGUUUUGGAACCAACUUUACAAGGUAAGACCUAAAGAUUAUCAAUAUACAAUAACACUUUACAUGAAGUGGUCACUAAUGCUGUAGCCUUUUAAUACUUUUCCUCCUAUGCAUCAUAAAUUCAGGAUCUCAAAGUACAAUAAAGCAUGUGAGACAAAUACCAAAAUAUCAAGGCUGAUCAUUUGGUCAGAGUUCAUAGAAACUGUUUUUAUUUUAGAAGUCUGACCAUUCAGUGUUGGAUUUGCAAUAAAAAUUAACAUGAUGACAAAAACACUCAGGGUGAGGAAGCAAGUUAAAAAAGAAAAAAAGUAAAAAAAGAAAAAGUAAAAAAAAAAAACGAUUUCAAAGACUGAGGUCUGAAGGACAAGGAUAAGUUAAAUUAUAUGUGUAUAAAAAUAAAUAAAAAUAUUUGUCACAACUAGAUGCAGAUUCAAAUAUUCAUCAAAAUUUUAUUGGUAAAGGACGCCGAGGUCAGGAAAAAAAAGUUGAAAAGAGUUCAACAUCCCCGUCCCCAAAAGCAUCCCAAUGUUCCACUUGUGACUUCAAAGACAUUGUCCACAAAUGACUUCAUGCAGGUCAUGGAACAAAAAAAGACAGAAUUAUCUAGAAUUAACACUUUUAAAUGCACUAAUGAGGUUUUUAAUAGACGCUUGGAUUACUGUGUUGUUAUUGUUCUUUUCAUCCUUUGUCCUUCACUUAAGCCCACCAGGACGCCCCACUGAUGGUAGUUUAAAGGACCAUUCAGCAGCAAAAAUCAAAUCCUUAAAUGGAAUAUGACCCGGAAAUACUCAGAGACAUGAAAUGUUGUACAUAUAAAAAAAAAAAAAAUUCAAAGAACUUUUACAGAAUCUACUAUGAAGGUUAAAUGCUGAUGCAAGUCAAAUCUAAAUGUAAAAAAAAAAUCAGGUGCUUCAAAAUUAUGCAUGAACCCUAAUGCACUUUUAAAAAAUUAAAGCUACUACUAGGAAGUUCUGGUUUGUGAUGAUUUUGGUGCCUAAACUAGUGUUUUUAACAUAGAACCCUGCUUUGUUAAAAUACUCACCGGAAAUCUUUGCAAUAGAUUUUAGAUAGUCAGAUAUUGAGAUUUUUUAGAUUGCAAUAGAGUUCGCUUUUUGGUUUAAUCUUAGACAAAAUCAAGCUCCUUCCAUGUAAAUAGCAGAUGAGUUAUUCAAUUAUACUUUAAAUACUGAGGUAUAAUCAGUGUAAAAUUUAGUGGCAAUUUUGUCUUUAAAUAGGUUCAUUGUUGCUCAGGUGAACCAGGUGGAGUACCAGCUCUGACACCGCUUCAUUUAUAGGCAGUAAGGUUGUUCUGAUUACUAAUUUCCCCCUUUUUUUAAAAUCAGAUAAUAAUUAAAGUAAAUUUUCAAGCAAGGUUGUCACAGUGUCUGAUGAUGUUUUGCUUUUGUAACUUUAAAAACUGACACUCAAUUCAUAAUCUGUAGGUUAAAUGUUAACAUGGAUAAGGUUUAGUUGAAGUAAUAACCCAAACAUUUUGGGGACCACAGUGUGCAUUCAACAAGGUCCUUCCCUGAGGAGUGAGGACAUUUACGCUGUUGCAUGUAAUGCGACACAUGACAAGUGAACAAAACAGGAAAACUUGCAUUAUACCAGCAGUAUGUUGUGGGUCGCUGUUUAAAUUAGUGUGCAUCGUACAGAAGUCUGUAAGUUUUGUCCUGUUUGUGUGAGGACUCAGAUGAUUGAGCUGGGCCUGAGCCUGGCUGAUGGCAGCCUGAUCGAUGAGAUGAUGGAGCUGACGGCCCAGAGCCUCAGUAACCUGGAGAUCCAGGAGCACUUCGACAUCAUUAAAGAGAUCGGCCGAGGGAAAUACGGCAAAGUGCUGCUGGUGACCCAUCGCUUCAGGGGUAAAACUGCACCUUGAUUUCGCCUAUAUAUAUAUAUAUAUAUAGUAUAUAUAUAUAUGUCACAUCACCAACCUUCUCUUUUAAAGAUAGAUUUUUGAAACUAUUUUUAAAAGAUAAUGGUAAUUGGUAAUUUUCAAAACUGCCAGUCGUGGAAAUUUUUAUUGAUGACAUGAACAUUAAUAAUGCAAACGAUAAAUGCACAUCAAGCUCAAUGAUACUUCAUGUAUGAGUAAGUUUAAGGGUGUGUUUUUGGUUGCAAGCACUUUGCACAAUAACAAAGUAAAUCUUAUCUUUGUCAGACAGAAACCAUGAGGAAAAAAAAAAAAAAAAAAACAGAGGGUUGUGUGUAUGCCGACUGAUGCAGAGUUAAUAAGCCUGGGCCAGAUCUGGCCAUAAGCUUUGUAAAAAAAAAAAAGUAAUUUCCUAAGCCUACAGUUAAAAGUAGAGAAGGAUUCUACCUCACACACCCAAACUUGGAUAUAAAUCCAAGGGAGAGGUGCCUGAUGAUUGAAUGUUCUACCUACCUCACUACUCUUGGAGACCUUAGGUACCAAAAGCAGGCCUGCAGUCUGAUAGGGUAAUGCUCCAAAGGGUAAAAAAGGCACCAGGAAAGAUAUAAUGGUGCCUGAGUAUUAUAUCUUAAAGUUUUACAAAACAACUAGAGUAAACAAAGGACAGGUGGGCUACUACCCUCUGAUUCAAUGGGAACUUCAAACACGAGACGACCCUGAGAGGCAAAAAGUCCAGCCAAAGUGGAUCAAUGACUGGGCCAGAGCAGACAAAGGACAGAGCAGAAUGCAGAGCAUGCUGUUGGCUUGUGGCCUGAAGGUCUUGGAUAUAACAGCCACUGAAGUGAGAGGUCGAAGUAGAGGGGACCUGGUAGCAUUUGACAUUUUAUAACAAGGCAAAAAUAUUACUGUAAAUUAUUGCUAAACAUACGAUAAAUACAUAUGUCUUAGCUUUGACUGAAAUGAUAUUGUAUAAACAAUGAUUAAGACUACCAAAAUAAAGCAUGGCUCCUUUCCAGGGACUCCCAUGGCCUUGAAAGUGAUGCCUAAAGCCUCUACUAAGCUGCAGGGCUUUCUGCGUGAGUACUGCAUCUCCUUACACCUGUCCUGCCACCCCUGCAUCGUGGGUCUCUUUGGCAUUGCCUUCCAGUCUAAUGACCACUACUGCUUUGCCCAGGAGCUCGUCAUUGGCAGGGACCUGUUUGCUGUCAUCCAGCCAAAGGUGAGUCAUGUACUGGCAAAAUAAGACCACGAGAUUAGUCUUGAGCAACACCAGUGGGUCUAAGAGGUUGGAUUUCAAUACAGUGGUGCUUUUAGUUGAAUGCUAAUGUCAGAUUUUUGACAUGCUGACAAAACUAUCAUGGUAUAAUGUUUACCAUGAUGGCAUUUGGACUUACCACAGUAGCAAUCUUAUACUUAGUCAUUAGCACUGAGUACAUGGCUGCAGCUGGUGGAAAAGCAUUGGAAGAAUUUUAUUGCAAGUGCGAACAUUUCAUAUCUUUAGCCCUCUAAAGUGCUCUACAUUAACAGUAAAUCCAUACUUAUACUCAAACAGGAAACAUCAUUUGCUCCAAUUCACCAUGAUUAACUGUUAUGACAUUUCUUCUUAAUCAGAUAUGCAAGUGUGCUAACAAGAGGGUAACUGGUUGGUAAAAGUUCUCUGGUCUGGUCUAUAUGCCAAUAAAAACACAGAAUCAAAAAAUCAAGACAGCAAAUCAAGCUCAGCAAUGCAAGCAAAAAAGAAAUGACACAAAACCAACUGAUUUCUGAUGCAACUGGGUCCGAAACAGAUCAGGGCCAUCAACCGUAAAUAUUAAACUUGUCCAACAUUAACCACCAAAAAUCUUCACGUGUGUGGGGAAAGCCGACGACUCCUGAGUCAUGACUCCGCGAAUUGUCACGUGAAACGGAAUGUAGCCAAUCAAGAAGGGAGCUGGCUGAGGAACAAGGAACCAAAGAAAGCAAAUAAAAAUAAAGCACGGCCUGUCUUUCUUGAUGGCUGCCAGAUUUAUUUGUGUUACUAGGAUAAUCACACCAGCCAUUAGCUUAAUUUGAAAAAAACUCACUUCUAGCUUGCUCAGUAGACUAAAAAGUCCGCGUCCACGCUAUCUCUAGAAUUUUUUCCACGAUCUUUUUUUUUUAGUGCAGGAUUUUUCUGUCGAAAAUACUCCAUAAAACCACCAUUCCCUCCUUUUGUGUGUCCUCUUCCAUGUUUCCCAGUUGUUGCUAUGUUUCUUCUUCUUCUUCAUUUUCGUUAGGUCACGUUUUAUCACGCGAGAUUUCUGUCUUGGAGGACUAGAUUCUAGAUCGGUGUUGGAACAGAAUCGUUUUGUGUGUGGUGUGCUGUGUUGAGAUUAUCGGAGCACACCACACAGAGUACAAUCAAAACUGUUAAGUGCUUGAUUUUUUAUUUUCAUGUGUGUAACAGAUAAGAAAUCACUUCAGAUUUUAAAAAAUCCUUAUUCGUGUACCCCACUUUACUGUGUAGUCACAGUUGUUAAAAAACAACUAAUAAAUAGUUGUUUUUUAAAACCUAACCUCAUCCUAAUUUCAUUCAUUCCAAUGCGCUUAGUGUUGUUAUGUUGGUCAAAAUGGCCGCGCUAGCACGUUAUGCACCCCCCCCCCCCCCCCCCCCUUCCUGUGGUACACAUUUUUUUAAAUUUAUGAUGUAAUGAUUCCAAGAAAUAUAUGAGUGUAAAAAGUGUGACAACAAGCCCCAGUCUCCCCUAAUAUUAUGUUCAUCAAACUACUAUGCAGCAGAAUGAGUCCUUUCAUUCUCUACUCGUUUUUUUCCGCUGCUGUAGCCCAUAAUUAAUUAAUCAAUCAAUGUUCUCACCUUAAUGAGGUAGCAUCCUCCGCGGGGCCUUUGUGUCAAAUAUCUCAACUAUUUCCUCAGGUUUAAUCCUCCUAGAUAUGUUGCUCUCAAUGUACAGAAGUGACAGAGAUGACGAAGUCUUGAGAGAGGCCACAGGUGUCUGGAGGGUGGGGACCAGGGCUGGGAACACGGCAGCUGGUCGCGGAAGCAUCGUGCUAGUGAGGCAAAGGCUAAGGUUAGCUUCUAUGCUGCGUUGUAGCUACGCUGUGUGUAUGUAAAGACGCAGGUUACUAAUAAGAAAAAUAAAAACAACAUCAACAUUAAUAAUACCUUAAAAAAAUAUUUUUUUAUGUAUUUCCCACCUCUUUCUAAAAUACUAUUUAAAAAACAUAAUUUUAUUAUUUUAUUUAAUUUUGUGAUGAUUUUAUUUUAUUUUCUGUGACAGUUUUGAGUAAGCUAAUGCUGCAUUCAUGUUACCUUGGAAGUCAGAAGUCUGAGCUAAAAAUGACGUCACACCUAAGUUACCAGCAUUUCAGUCAUAGAUAUAUAAAAAAGCUAGAUGGCUUAUGCACAUUGUUAGCCAAUGGAGACAGAUGUCCGCACAUGGCAGCCAUUUUGUUAAGGGACGCUCGCCCACUCAUAACAUUACAGUCUAUGGUGCAUGUAGCAUUUAAAUUAGGGAUGUGCGCGGUUAUUCGGCUAUUCAUGUUAACAGGGCUGUCCUUACUAUCCGUUAAGUAAAUAAUUUAAUUUAAUCCAAACAAACUGACUGUGGGCAAACAGGGUAUGCCUUCAGAAUUAUACCACCUCUAGCGAUACAAGUCAGUUUGUGGUGUUCUGGUGCUUAAUAGUGGUGAGAAGUUUUAAUAUCUUUCACAAGUUCUCCCCUCUCCAUGUUCAGCAUAUAGGUAUCUGCAAUAGCAUCAGUAAAUAACAAAUCCAACAGAAUUCAAAUGUAUUGAUAACUGGUCAUUAUAUCAAUGUCCACUUCACAAUUGAAUGUUUAAAAGUAAUGUUAACAAGAAACAAAUAACCAACAAACAGACAUGUGCAAAAGCGCUAGAAGUGUUUGGUAAAAACUAUGAGUUGAACAGCCUGUUUUUUAACGGACCAAUGUUGAGAAUAAACCCACGCUUUGUUAUUUAUAGCACAAAAUCCUGUCACUUCUUUGUCUCAUGUUUCUAGGUGGGCAUCCCUGAGUCUUCAGUCAAACGUUGUGUCCUCCAGAUAGCCAGUGCUCUGGAGUUCAUUCACAGCCAUGGCCUGGUCCACCGUGAUGUGAAGCCUGAAAACAUCCUUCUAUUGGACAGUCACUGCUGCCAGGUCAAGCUGGCAGACUUUGGCCUGGCCCAGAAGAGAGGUACCCUGAUCCGCUUCAUUACAGGAACCUUGCCUUACAUGGCUCCAGAGCUUUGUGGCGUGGCUUUAGUGGAUGACCAGAAAGAAGUGACUGCUCCUCCACUCAGCGUGGAGCCCAGCCUGGACACCUGGGCCUUCGGGGUGGUUAUCUUCUGCGUCCUAACCGGCUACUUCCCCUGGGAGCGCUGCAUGGACUCUGAUGACUUCUACCAGGAGUUUGAUGACUGGUGCAGAAUGGAGGAAAGGCCGUACACUGAGGAGGACAUUCCUCCGCUGUGGAAAAGAUUCACUCCAGAUGCCAUGGAGAUGUUUGCCAAGCUGCUGGCACCAGAUGUAGACAAGAGGUGUGAGGUUGGAGAAGUGAGAGCGUAUGUGGAGAAGGACUGGGUUAGGAAUGUGGAUGGAAUGGAGCUGGAGCAGACAGCAGAAAAAGAAUAAGUGAGUAAUCCUGGGCUUGACCAGCUGCAGGAACAGCCUCAUACCCAUAACCAGUCUUUUUUUUAUGUUCCACUUACCUGACAGGAGGUAAAGCAUACAUGUAGACAUCAAGCCAGGCAUCAGAUAUGAAGUGGUUUUAAACAUUUUGAGGACAUAAUAAUCUGAGACUUGUUUCAUACAGUUAAUUUGGUUUAUAUUAAUGCUAAGACACUUCACAGAUAAACAGGAGAAGAUACAGAGAGAUACCUUAAAACCUCAUGCGGAAAAUCCUUUACUCUGUUUGCCACGAGUGAGUAAUAGAAAAUAAUUAAAUGUUGACUGAGUAGCUCUCAGUAAGUUGUGACUGUUUUUUGUCAAAAUGAAUGACUAUUGUGUUUUGAUGUUUGAUUGUUCGUGAAAAUUGUUUUGAGUUUUGACAUCAGCAUGUAUACUCUAAGUUUUAAAACAGUCUGUUAUUGCAAAAUAAGCAUUUUUUUUUUUUUUUUAUAAUUUGC